AUGGCGCUGGGAUUCGGUGGGUCGCACUGCAUCUGCUCGGUCUUAACGCUCGUCCACGUUAACGGCGGAGACGUGGGCAUGGCCAUCGCUGGAGCUGCGACUGGCGCGUCCAUACCAAAAUUUAUCGGACCGGAUGACCUUAUCGGACCUGAGGGUGGCGUUGACGGCAUGCAGCAGGAGGGUGGCGGCGGCGACAAGAGGGGCAACACCAAGGACAGGAAGGACAACAAAGACGGAAGGAGCGAAGGGGACAACAACAGCGGGCGGAUCCUCAAGGGCUGUGGUGGCUUGCCCGGCAGGGCGGGCGGUAGGCUGCCCGUUGGGUGCGUGCCUGCAGGUGGCACUCCGAAGGGCGGACUUCGAUGGUAUCGUCGAGUCAUCCAGCUAUCAGCAGCGAGGAUGCCGCCGCCAGGCCCCGUGCAGACCCCGCAAGAUCUAUUUCCCCACCCGGCAGGGCGGGAAGCAUGCUGCCGGCCGAUAGUCCGCUGGCGACGCACCAAGUCCAGAUGCUUGUCCCAGCUGCUGGUCGUGUCGAUGAAGAGCUCGAUGCUCUCAGUAGUUGCGUGUAGCUAG